AUGGGACCAUUCCCUUCUUCUUACAAGAAUAAGUACAUCCUUGUAGCUGUUGACUAUGUCUCCAAGUGGGUAGAAGCUAUUGCAAGUCCCAAGAAUGAUUCUGCUGUGGUUCUUAAGCUGUUUAAGACCAUUAUCUUUCCACGGUUUGGAGUGCCCAGGAUUGUUAUCAGUGAUGGAGGUAAGCACUUUAUCAAUAAAGUGUCUGAUAAGUUGUUGAAGAAGUAUGGAGUUCAACAUAGAGUAGCUAGUCCGUAUCCUCCUCAGACUAGUGGACAAGUUGAGGUUUCCAACAGGCAGAUUAAGGAGAUUCUGGAGAAAACUGUGGGUGUUACAAGAAAGGAUUGGGCUGCCAAACAUCAUGCAUUUGAGAACUUUAAGAUAUACAAGGAGAGAACCAAGGCUUAUCAUGAUAAGAAGAUCAUCUCCAGAAAUUUUGAGCCUAAUGAUCAGGUACUUCUGUACAACUCUCGCUUGAAGCUGUUUCCAGGAAAGCUUCGUUCUCGUUGGUCCGGACCAUUCACUAUCCAAGAAGUCCGCCCUUAUGGAGCUAUUGUGCUGCUUAACUCCAAGGGAGAGAAGUUUACUGUCAAUGGCGAGAGGGUGAAACACUGUUGGGCUGAAGCCGAGAUACCAGACGGACACAUUGUGCGUUUGGAUGAUGUACCUUCUGCCUAA